GUGUGAAACAUAAAAAUGUUUCAUAUUGAUGGCGUUUAUUUUUCUUUUGCGGAUUGUUGUGACACGCGCGCGUAAAUACGCAUUUUUCCCCAUUUGUGCCCCCCAGUGAGUGCCCCAGGUGCGCCUAUUGUGACCCCCAGUAUGUCCGUGAAUACUCCCAAGAGGAUAAAGAGGGCUAGUGAGUGCGUGGAGGGCGUCACAAGUGAUCCCAGCGAUGCUUUUGCACAGUUUACAGCAACAAGCCCAGACGGCAGCUCAUGCGGCUCCCCCGAGUUGGGGCUCCAACAUACCCCAGCUCACUCCAUUCCACCACCUCUCACAGGCACCCCUGUGGAUAGGAGUGGUGGUGAGAAGUGCGAGAAUCGCCGUGGACGCCCACGAUCGGAAUCCCUGACGACGCUGAUGCUCGAAGGGAAUCGCAGUCCGUCGUCGAUUAAAUGCAAAUUCUGCAAUCGUGUCUUCCCCCGGGAGAAAUCCUUGUCAGCCCACCUACGUACCCACACAGGUGAACGUCCGUAUAUUUGCGACUAUCCAGGCUGCAAUCGUGGCUUCACACAGAGUGGGCAGUUAAAGACACAUCAGCGCCUCCACACGGGUGAACGUCCCUUUAUCUGCUCCGUGCAAAAUUGCGGGAUGCGCUUCACGCACGCCAAUCGUCACUGUCCCGUUCACGUGCACAGCCAACUACGACGAGACGAUAAUUAUGUCGUAACGGCAAAUCCAGAGCAGAAUGACGAUGUCCAGAGAUGGCUUGAGAGAUACAAAAGUGAACGUGAGGAUCGUACGCCGACGCGCAAGACGCCUCAGCGAAAAAUCCCCAAGGAGGACAAUAAUGAGAAUGUGGCAGCAGAUGGUCCAGUUACACCAAAUGCGGGGCAGUACAAGAGUCGAAAGGGGCUCAUGGUGGAGUUGGACAUGAAUGCUGGAUUGGGAUUCAGUCCGGUGGCGCCAAAGAGUAAACCUCAGCCAAAGGUGAUCAACUGGCAGGAGCCGCUGAGUCAGGGCGAAGAGAGUGCAGAUGAAUUUGAGGCAUCACCACCGAGAAGAUUUUAUCCGAAGAAAAAAUGGCUACGCGAUGCAUGUCUCGAUGAUCUCGCAAAGCCCCUCACGGAGGCAGCCGCAACUACAGCCCAAUCACCACCCACAGUGGAACCCACCGUAGUCUCGAAUGCCAAUCAAAUGCGCCCAACGGUUCUCAUGAUGGCCAGCAAGGGUGGUGUCAUACCAACAGAUCUCCCGGCACAACAGCCACACGUUGAAGACUUCACGGAAGCUUUCCCACCGGCACCACCACUUGCAGUACCACCACCACUACCCCCGCGUAUGGAUGAGAAUCGCAAGUGGCUCGGAGCUCUUGCCCUCAUGCAACUUGCCACGGAUGAGAAUGGGCACGCAGAUGAUCUCCCACCAUCACCAGUUACUGCACCAUCCUACACAAAUCUGUAGGAAUCACAACUCAUUGCUGCGCAAAACACACACCCCGGCGACUUCGAAGGAGUCUCUGUCUUUUUGUGAUUUUACUUGGACUUUUUUACCAUCAUACUACGCCUUUCAACACCCACACAUUAGAGCCAGGUUCAAGGUUACAUAAAAACAUCCCUAUUACGGCCAUUUAAAAAAAAAAGGUACAACUUUUGUAACUUUUUCCACACAACACUCAAACAAUUGAUUAAAAUUUAAAAUUAGCCAUGGAGGAAAAUAUGAGAUUUUUAUGGAAAUUCAUUGAAUUAUUCGGUUUGUUUGCAAUUUAUUUAUUUUUACUAAAAAUGAAAGGUUUUUAAAUGCCUUUAGAUAUAUUUUAGACAGAGCAAAAUAAAAAAAAAUUAAAUACCUACUAAAAGCUCUGAAAGUAAUCAUAUUUUAUGGAGAGCUUCAAUGGAUUUAAGGGGGGUCUCUUUUGAGAGCUGAUGAAAUUAUUUUUUUAUUUCUCUUGGGGUUUUUCUUAAACUUGGUUUUCCGGUGUUGGCCACAUUUAAAGACUUAUUAUUGAAGAGUAAAAAAAUCAUUUUGGCCAUCUUAGAUGCGACGCCAUCUUGAAAUUUUCCUCAAAACACAAAGGUAGGUUUUUCUCAGGAUCCACUGAAUGGAUUUUGAUGGAGUAAAAAGCAAAUGAAAGAGGAAAUACCAAUGCAGAUUUUGAUGUACCAGAAUUUUGAAUUUCCAUUCUGGGGCUGAGAAAAGUGGGAAAAUGUGAUUUUUUUGAGAUAUUUUUGACGUUUUUCCACUUUUCUAAGCCCCAGAAUGGAAAUUCAAAAUUCUGGUACAUCAAAAUCUGCAUUGGUAUUUCCUCUUCCAUUUGCUUUUUACCCCAUCAAAAUCCAUCCAGUAGAUCCUGAGAAAAACCUACCUUUGUGUUUUAGGGCAGUUCUGUGGAAAAGUCGGAAAAUCACAAGAUGGCGUCGCACAUAAGAUGGCGAAAAGUGAUUUUCUUACACUUCAAUAAUUAGACUACAAAUGUAACCAACAUCGGAAAACCAAGUUUAAGAAAAACCCGAAAAAAUUUCAACAUUAAAAAUGUGUAAAUUCUAACAAUUUUCCCAAGAGACCCCCCUUAACCCUUAAGAGGCCAAGGAGGGUCCAUCAUGAAACAUUUCUGUAGAUUUCCCCACACUAAUGCUUUAAAUUUAAUCAGAUUUUUAAAUUUAGUACUAAAAAAUGAUUAUUUUGAAUUUUUUGUUUUGAUUAAAUUUUUUUUUUUGUAAUUACAUUCUCUCGUUUCUAUAAAGGAGUCUAUUCACUUUUAUUCGUCAACAAAAAUCAAUGACAAUUCAAUCAAUUAAUUACAAAGUUUUCUUUUAUCAUUCAUAAAUUAUUUUUUAUAUUCCUUAAAACUUUAUAAACUCGUUAAAAAUUUCCAAAGUUAACAACCAAUUGCUACAAAAUUGUCGAACAGCGUCCUCAUCUUCCAUAAACGUCUAUGCUGGUCAAUUUCAAAAGUUUUAAUACUUGGAGGACAUGAAUUUUUAACCUCAAACUUUGGGCAUAAUUUUCUAUAAUAAAGAAAACGUUUUCCAGAUUUAGUUCUGACGAACUUAUUUGAAGUCGCCUUUAAGUCGAUUUUAAUCUAUGGCGGUUUAAAAUAAAAAAGUCAAAUUGGCAGCGAUUACCAGUUUUGUCCUUCGGUGUUAAUAUCCCAAACUUUUAAAAAUCACCGCCACAUGUGUAAAGAAGAGAUGGGGGCGCUGUAAGACAAUUUUAUAGAAAAGUUUGAUAAAUUAACGAGAGAGAAAAAUUUCGUGCGUGAAUAAAGCUACAAAAAAAUUAGUAAAAUUGUCCCCAUUUACAGUACAGUAAAUCAUAAAGAAAUCCAUGAAAUUUUCAAGGAAACUCCACAAAAAUUUUCCAAUCUUUCUCCACAGCUCUCGCGCUAAUCUUAUUGCGCAUUGGAGCAGUUUGACGCGCACUAUCAUUCGUAAAAUUGAUAAAGUUCAACCGUAUACAUGAAAGUUUUUCGUCAAAUCAUCAUAAAAACUUUAGAGCGGAAAUUCCCUCCACGGAAAAAAAAUUUAUCUCUUUGGCUAUUUUAGUCUUUUUGAAAAAACAAUCACCCCAAAAAAUAAAUUAUUGGAUGUUUGACGUGUUCUCGCGUGGAAAGGUUACAAAAGUCAUACCAAUGAGACGAUGUACUCAUGCGAAUUAAAAACAAGAAAUUAUGCGCAUCAAAAGACUAAUCGCUGAGACAUUGUCACAUUGUCUUAAAUACAAUUACUCUUUUAGCAGCUUACGACAAAUGGCUUUUAUUUUCUAAAGAACUGUAAACCUGGUAGCUAACUAAAUCAACAAAGGAAAUUGUGAUGAAUGUAAUUUUUAAGGACUUUCUUGAGAAAAAAAAAACUCCCGCCUUCGAAUUGCCUUUUCUUCAUUUAAUUAAAAUUCUCUCAUUUAUAAAAAAAAACUAUCGAAUAUAAUCACUGAAAAAGUACUUUGUGAUUUACUUAACUUAAAGAAGAUUUUUUUUAUUAUUAAAUUGUCUUUUUUUAAAAAGAAAAUAUUUAGUUCGUAAGGAGGAGAUUUUGUGAAAUUUAUUUAUUUGAAAAAUGAAAUUUUCAAUUUGGAUUUUUUUUAAUAUUAAUCAUUAUCCUUUUUUGUCAGCUUAUUUUGUCUCCCUUUGUGUAAGAGAUUUGGCAAUCUCGAAUUUAAUAAUUUUAUUGUAGAAUGAGAGAAAAAGAGAAAAUAAAUAAAAGAUAUUAUGUUAA